AUGAACAAUGCCUCUUCUCCUGCGUUUGAGUUCCCUUUCCUAGAGGAGUGUUUCUCUUUCCGUGAUACUGUUGGGCAGAAGAUCAUUGAAUCAUCUAGGACGGAUGAUAGAGAUGCCUUCUAUGUCUGUGACUUGGGGGAUGUUCUUAAGAAACACCUGCGCUGGAUGAGUGCCCUGCCUCAAGUCAGUCCUUUCUAUGCUGUCAAGUGCAAUGACAGUCGGGCAGUCGUUACAACACUGGCAUCCCUAGGCACUGGAUUUGACUGUGCGAGCAAAACAGAGCUUGAGCUGGUUCUGUCUCUGGGAGUGGAUCCAAGCAGAAUCAUCUAUGCCAACCCCUGUAAGCAAAUUUCUCACAUCAAAUAUGCGUCUGCCCAUGGGGUCCAGAUGAUGACCUUUGAUAGUGAAGAAGAACUCAUAAAAGUGGCCCGUUGUCAUGACAAAGCUAGGCUGGUGCUGCGUAUCGCCACAGAUGACUCAAAGGCAGUGUGUCGUCUGAGUGUGAAGUUCGGGUCCCCGCUCAAAGCUUGUCGAGGUCUUCUGGAGCGGGCUAAAGAACUGGGACUGAACGUGAUCGGUGUCAGCUUCCAUGUUGGCAGUGGCUGUACUGAUCCGAAGGCCUACAUGCAGGCCAUCGCUGAUGCUCACUGUGUUUUCAAAAUUGGGGAUGAGCUCGGCUGCAACAUGGAUCUCUUGGACAUUGGUGGUGGUUUCCCUGGUUCUGAUGAUGCUGAAACUAAAUUUGACGAGGAAAGAUGCCAUAUGAUGGAUGUAAUCAACUCUGCAGUGCACAAGUAUUUCCCUGCUGACUCUGGCGUUAAGAUCAUUGCUGAGCCAGGACGCUUUUAUGUAGCUUCUGCUUUCACACUGGUUGUCAACAUCAUUGCCAAGAAGGUCAUCAUGGGCAAAGACUCAAGCUCUGAUGAGGAAGAUGAAGGGGCCAAAGAAAAAAACAAUGGCAGGACUAUGAUGUACUAUGUCAAUGAUGGAUUGUAUGGAUCUUUCUUUUGUUCAGCCUUGGAAUGUUCUACAUAUUUACCAACACUGUAUAAGAAACCAAAGCCAGAUGAGAUCAUGUACCCCUGCAGCAUCUGGGGCCCAACUUGUGAUGGUCUUGAUCGCAUUGUUGAGCAGUGUUACUUGCCUGACAUGCAGGUGGGCGACUGGCUGGUCUUUGAAAACAUGGGUGCCUACACUGUGGCUGCCUCUUCCACCUUCAAUGGUUUCAAAAGACCUGACCUUCACUAUGUCAUGUCCCGUCCUGCUUGGCAACACAUGCAGCAGAUUGGCCUGCAGGGAAUGCCAGCUUAGUAUAAAAUCUCC